AUGAAGGUUACCGUCAACUUCGGUCCGGUGCGUGUCAUCGUGCCGUGUGGUAGUGGGGACAUAACCGUCCGAGAUGUGCUCGAACUAGCCGUGAUCCGUUACAAGAAAGCUUCGAACAAGCCACACGACGCCUGGGUCACGGUGCACAAUGUGAAAUCGUACAAAGACGAUGCCAUUCUCGAUCAAGACGACCUUAUUGGAGACGUGUGUGAUGACCGGGAGAACCUGAUCGCCUUAUUCGCCGAACAAAGUUCUCCCGUGAGUUCGCAGCAUCACACUGGCGAUGGGACGAGCGCGAGCUCUGUCGGAACGGAGAGUCCCGAUCUCUUCAUCGAGAAUCAUGCCGACUCCUGUACGACCGAGAAGCUAUCGUUAGGGAUGUCUACGUUGCAUGUUCGGCGAGGCAGCGAGCCAGCUCUCUUGAACGGGACUGCUCUACCCGCAGGAUUGAUGGCAGGCGAAAACGGUGUGGCCACUCUUGAUCAUCACGGCAAGAGAUGGUCCGCAGCCGUCGUACCCGAAGAAGCUCUCAACAACCAUCAGAUCAGCAACCAUCACCUUCAUCAUCACCAGCAAAACAACAACAACAACAGUAGCAGUUUUAGUACAAUCUCAGCCACGGAUGGCAACAACAACCGCAACAGUGAUCAGCAGUCGAUGAAGUACAGCGCUUCCAGCGGCAGCACCAACAACAACAAUAAUAAUAGCAACAUCAACAACGUUAGCAGCAAUUCCAAUAUCAACCAAAUGAACAACCGCUACCAUCGUCGGCGGAGUCAGAGUCUGCAUAGGGAUUCAGCCGGCCGCAUCGAUGACUCGGACGAAGAUGAAGUCGUUUCGCGAAGACCCCAAAGCAAUUUCAGUCGUAGUGCCAAUCGUCGCUCAAUGCUGGCAAGUGCCUACGAAUGGUACGAGGCGGCAGAUCGUACGCUGGCCGGCGUAGACACGCCUUCGAGCCCCGCCGCAUCGCAUGAGCGACACGUGUCGGGAGCGAGCGAUCCGGGUCGAGAAAAUGUGGUAAUCUUGCCCAGCGAGGACGAACCUCUUGGAAUACACGUAGUUCCCGAGCAGAACCAAAACGGCCUCGAGGGUCUGGGUCUAGUUAUCCAGGGUAUCGAGCCCGGCUCGCGGGUAGAUCGCGACGGCCGGCUUCAGAUAGGCGAUCGCAUCGUAGAAGUAAAUGGCAAAUCGCUCCUGCAACUGUCGUUCACUGAGGCGCAAGCGGUUUUCCGUUCGACGUUGAAGGAUCCUCAAAUAAUUAUUAAAGUCGCUGGGAAAUCUUUGUCGCUACCGGCAUCUCCUAUCUCGAAAGCAGCGCCGGCCAUUCCGUCGAGGAGCAGAGACGAGACCGCUGUUCAGAGCAAGGACAGUUCGUUGGAGAGCGCUCCGUCCCCUGGCAAACGAGAAAUGGUGGUCGGCGUCACUCCCGGCAGGAUCGCGGCUCUCAACGCGGCCAAUACUAGAAAGAUCGGCAAGAAGGUCAACAUAGAGUUGGUGAAAGGAGAAGAGGGACUCGGCUUCAGUUUAACGACGAGAGACAACCUCUCGGGGGGAUUGGCUCCAAUCUAUAUAAAGAGCAUUCUUCCCCGAGGCGCUGCCAUUCAUGACGGGAGACUGAGGUCGGGAGACCGACUGCUCGAAGUCAAUGGUGUUGAGAUUACGGGAAAAACCCAGCCGGACGUUGUCGGCAUGCUGAGAGCAAUCCCUUCUGGGAAUACUGUGCAUCUCGUAGUUUCCAGACAAGAGUGCCUGGAGCAGAACCUCCCAAGGGAAAUCCCGCCGGAUAAAGUAGACGCCCCUCCAGAGGAAGUGGGAAUCUACCCUUGGAAGGAGCGGCACAUCAUUGCGUUAGACAUCUUACCCACCGAUACCGGGUCAGCUGGGUUGGGCAUCUCUGUGAAAGGCAAAACCUCGACGAACAACAACCUGUCGCAAGACAUGGGUCUGUUCAUCAAGUCUGUCAUUAACGGAGGAGCAGCUUCCAAGGACGGCCGAUUAAAACCCAACGACCAGCUGCUCUCGAUCAACGGGGAGAGCCUUCUCGGCAAAACGAAUUCGGAGGCGAUGGAUACGUUGCGACACUCAAUGUUCAAGAUGGACGGCCCGUACAUCAAGCUAACCGUCGCUCGAAGGCUUCCAAGUGCUGAUUCCGAAGAAAACCUCAAAUUCGAGGAAGGAUUCCUCUCCACAAGUUCUGGGAGCAGUUCCAUAAUGGACUCGAAAGAAAACGUCAGCCAGCCACCGUACAAUGGGAACGUCACACCUCCGCAUGAUCGUGAUCGCAGGAACGAGGUGUACGGCUCCAUCAACAAACGGAACCCCGUCAUCGAGAAGCUGAUGGGUUCUCCGGGGCAGGUCGACGUUUCCUCGGUCCUAGAUAGCCCUGGAACUCCGAUCGGUCAAGCCGGCUUGCAACAAGUAAUCUACGGUAGGAGCAACAUCAGGCCCACGCCUGUGAGCAGCAGUCCUCCAGACCUAACGCCGAAUAACUCGACCGGAGCUCUAGAGAAGAAUGGUGUUUUACUCAAUGACGACUACAACGCCAACGUCACUAACGACGACGGGGGUUCCGAAUCCGCGCUGAACACGAGCGAUAUGUCCUUGGCCAUCGAUGGAGCGUUUUCGAGAGACGGAUUCGGACGACAGUCGAUGUCUGAGAAGCGACACGCACACCUAGACGCCAAGUCAACCGACACUUAUAAGAAAAAUAAGGAGAAUCGAAUGAUGCGACAGCAGCAAGGUGGCAAUUAUCGCUUGGAGCAAUCUAGAAGCGGGGGAGAUCUUCGUCAGCGAUCGAUGUCACAAGGGGCGCCCAACAGCACAACGCUGUACCGCUCAAACUCGAUGGACUCGAUCAGUCGCGGGAAUUACUUGAUGAAAGCGAAUAGCGUGGCCUCACCGCAGACUGCGCAAGGAAGCAACAAGGAGAACAGAAAACCAAGUCCUGACUUCGAUUAUCAACGACCUUUACCUAUGGUGCCAAGGACUCCAAUGCUCUUCCCGGUGCAGAUGUUUUAUCCAGCGUGCUGCACAGCUGCGAAGUACCAGCCCAAUUCACCAAACGCCUGUCCUUACCAUACAGCUAUGGCCAACGGUGAAUCGCCCGGAACGGAGUCUUCAACGGUAUCGUACGACGGCGUGAAACCUUCUCUGCGAUGUCUACCGCUCUCUAUGCAACGGAGUUCGAGUCUCGAAAGCUUGAGCCAACCUCAAAAGCGGGGCAACCCCAGCUUCAGACAAGCCGUUGAUAAGAGUCUGCCUGCCGCAUGGGAUGGGUCGACGCCGCCGACGAAGAGCUUCAAACGUGUACAACGAGUGGAUGAAGACCUUUCUCCCGAUGCGGUGCAGACCCCAUUGAGGGGAGCCAUCCCUCUCGACUCCUUCUCGCCCCUAUCCCCUGAUGAGAAACCCCGCAAGAAGGGUUUUUUCCGGGGCAUGUUCCGUUUCGGGAAGAACAGGAAAACCAUCCCGGAGCCCGGUGGCAGCAAGCACUCGAUGGAAGCUGAGCGGAGGAGGUUAUUUGUCGAAGAGCAGAAAAAAGCGCUCUUGCCUAGCCAAUGCAGUUCAACAACUCAAGGACCCCCCUCGCAUCGAGUUCUGCACCCAACUCAUUGGGAGAGGACCCAGGUAGCGGCUACGCGAAGUCAGAACAGUUCUUGUCGGCUAACGUCAGCUGACUACGGAUCGUCUCCGAACCAAAACGGUCUUCCGUUAGUGAUGGCCAACGGUCUGCAAACCCAUGGGCCCCCUCCAAUGAGCACUCAGCCGCGGAGUCAAAGACUUCCCCAGCAGCUGGAGGAGUGGUAUCACGGGAAACUCCAGUUGCAGCAUCAACAGUACCAACAACAGUUUGACCCCUAUGGCCAACAUAAUGGAAGACCGUUGCCACCUAUCCCGGCUUACAAUUUGAAUCAGUUUCACGCUCAACCGAGUCAAUCGCAAUUCCGAGCCGAUGAUCUGGGGCACUUCAGUCGCAGUAUAAGCUUGAGGAGUAAUCGGUCAUCGCACUCGCAUCUCGACUACGGAAUCGUGACGCGAGGGAUGAAGCAAUACACUGUAUACCGGGAGAUCGAACGGCCGGGGUCGAGAGUGGGGGUUGUAGACCCGACGUCGCCUCCUGGUCAGCAGCAGCAGAAGCAUCAUCCGCAAAGUCAUAACCGACAGUUCCCCCAUUACGCGAAUGUGAACCAGCUUCAACAGCAAAGCAUGCAUCUCGUUCACCAGCGACAAAGCAGCGAACCGGCGCAACACAUGAAACAAAGACCACCUGCGAACUACGGAGGCGACAAAGGUCGAAUGCAACCGAAUCUGAUGGCUUAUCCUCCGGUUGCGCAAAGCUGCAAUCCUGCCCACGUGUACGCGACAAUGGCUCGGCCGACCGCGGCGCCUCGAACUUCAAUGGGGAAGAUUCCCCCGGGAUCGAAAGUGUAGCCGGCUCCUUCUUCAUACGUUUAAGAUGGAAAUACGAAGCGUUGCCGCUGUUCCGCUCAUGUACAUAUAAGAACCACCGACUCGAAGCGUCGGAGACCUCCUGCUAGAGUAACGACUAGCCGGCAUUGGGUCUUCGGCCUCGCCUAUUUAUUGUUGGCCACUUUCUCAAGUGUUGAUUAGACAACUUCCAUUUACAAUUAUCAUCACGCAUAUAUUUAUGACGGAGGCGCAAGACGACACGAACGCUGGACCGAUUCGCGGCGAUGAUGAAGCUGACCGGACUCGGACGAACGGAUGGACGAGCGGACGAUUG